AAUCUACAGUAAAUGUGUCAUUAGUAUGCAGGUCAGAAUAUUGCUUCUGCUUCUGGCAGGAUAUUUUGCCCAAGUGAAGGCUCAGGCUAAUUUUGUUUGUCCUGCACCCAAUGGAAUUUUCCCAGAUUUUGCCAGUACAGGCUGCACUAUGUUCUGGCGUUGUAACAACUGCCUCCCUGUAAGAGACAGAUGUGCAGAAGGGCAGCAGUUUGACUAUGCCCGCACACUAUGCGAUGCAGAUGCUAAUGUCUUCUGCAAUGACCAAAGACGGAACUUUCAGCCUCAGCCAGGCGCUUGGCAAUGUCAACCUAAUAAUGGUGGCGGUGCAGGAAUACCAAACAAUUUCAAUCCAGUAGUACCAGGACAAGGUGGUCGAGGUGUGGUGAUUAAUUUACCACCGAACAUUCCACAAUUCAAUGUCCAGCAGUGUACUUUGAUUCAAAAUCAGUUGAAUACAUUUUUCUCCCAGAUGAUUCAAGCAAUGACCAACAAUCAAUGUCCUGGACCACAGUGUGUUCUACCAAUAAUAGCUGUUCAAUGUUAA